AUGGCCCGGUUUCCCGACGCAUUACAACGAGACCUGGAGGCCGCUGACCAAUCCAGCGGUAUGCGGCAGCACGCCGAUCCGAGCGGGGUAAAUUGGUCAGUUGAACACCGCACUUUACAAAACAAUGGCGAAGCACCUUGCCGGGAGUCUCAAGCAAGUCACGAAAGGCACGAGGUCAUUAUUGACAUUCCCGAUGAAGAAGGACGUAGAAGUGGGAUCACACCCACAACUAGCUUGCACUCUCAUGACCAUGGACAAAUAGCUUCUCCCAAUGAAAUUGUUGAUAACGGAGUCAACAAAGAGGAUGGAUCUCAACUCGGCCAAAGCAGUCAAACAGAUCACCAAGAAUGCAUUGUAUCAAUUGUUGGCUAUACACAGGCUUGCCGCCCCAUACCUGCCCAACUUGUCGGGACCCUCUACAUCAAGGUGGCCGAACACCACCGGUUCCAGAACAUUGCCCCGAAGGCCUACCAGUACGAGAGACAACCGAGGGGUGGUUUGAUGUGA